UUCCACCGUUUCAAAUUCGCUCGCUUUGUUAUUUCACCAAACCCUACUGCUGUGCCACCACUUUCCACAGCCCAAUUGCGCUUAGUCCUUUUGAUCACCCGUGUUGGGAAGAGAAGGCCCCCCCCCGCCCCCGUCCAUACGCGAACCACAACCAGAAAAACUUGCAGCUUAAGCAGAUGGUAUAUAGAAGAUUACAUCAUGGCAGCAUUGUGAACUUGGUGGGGUACACCGCAGAAAGGUAGCAGCAUGCUUCUUGGAGCAGGAAUAUUUUGUUGAGUGAUCCGUUCUACAUUCUUGGGUAAGACAAUGGCUUAGUGGCAAUUUUCUAUAGCCGUCUAUCUAUCCUUGUCCAGUGCUACUCCAGAUCAGAAAUCGUAUACAGAGAAAAAAAGGGAGAACAAAAAGUAAUAAAGACCCUUAUUAAAUUCUCUUUUUAUCUCAUUGGAAUACUGUUUUCAAUGGGUUCAGCAUAUGGUAAAACAUCUGUGGUCAAGGAAUGGAUAUGUCAGAUGCAGUUAUAGUAAAAUCCAGCAGAUUGAAAUCUGUUGUGUGGAAUGAUUUUGAUAGAGUAAAAAAGGGCGAUACAUAUGUGGCAAUCUGCAGGCAUUGUAAGAAGAAACUUAGUGGAUCAAGUACCAGUGGAACAUCACAUUUGAGGAACCAUUUGAUCAGGUGUCGGAGAAGAACUAAUCAUGGCGUAACUACAUUUUUUUCAUCAAGGGAAAAGAAAAAGGAAGGAACUCUUGCCCUUGUAAAUAUUGAGCCAGAGCCAAAAAAAGAUGAGGUGCUGAGUGUGGUGAACCUGAGAUAUGAGCAUGAGCAGGUGAAAGAUGAAAGUAUAGGCAUUGGAAAUACUAGUUUGGAUCAAAGGCGGAGUCGAUUUGAUCUGGCCCGAAUGAUAAUUUUACACGGGUACCCAUUGUCUAUGGUUGAGCAUGUUGGAUUUAGAGUCUUUGUUAAGAAUCUCCAGCCACUGUUUGAGCUUGUGACAUUUAAUAGACUUGAGGAUUACUGCAUGGAAAUCUAUGCGAAAGAAAAGCAGAAGGUGUUUGAAGUAUUGGAUAAAUUACCUGGAAAAAUCAGCCUUGGUGUCGAUGUUUGGACUGCUUCAGAUGAUGCUGAAUACUUGUGUUUGACAGCACAUUACAUUGAUGAAGCUUGGCAAUUGAAAAAGAGUGUUUUAAGCUUUUUUUUAAUUGAUCCUUCACAUACAGAGGACAUGCAUUCAGAAGCUAUCAUGUCAUGUCUGAUGGAUUGGGAUAUAGACCGUAAGUUGUUUUCUAUGACGUUUGAUCAUUGUCUUCCUGUGAACGAAGGCAUCGUUGACAAAAUUAGAGAUCGACUAUCCCAAAACAGAUUUCUUUAUUGUAAUGGGCAAUUAUUUGAUGUUCGUUGCGCAGCGAAUGUACUGAACUUGAUGGCUCUAGAUGCCUUGGAAGCAUUAAAUGAGGUAACCAGCAAAAUCCGGGAAAGUAUUCGCUACUUCAAAAGUUCACAAGCAGUACAGGUGAAGUUCAAUGAGAUGGUUGCUGAAGCUAGAGUUGGGAGUCAAAGAUGCUUGUGCCUUGAUAAUGCUACUCAUUGGAACUCUACAUAUAAUAUGCUUGAUGUUGCAUUGGAGUACCGAGCAGCAUUUUCCUUUCUGAAAGAAAAUGACUCUGGCUACAUAAUGUGCCUGUCUGAUUUGGAGUGGGAAAGAGCAAGUGUCGUAACUAGCUACUUGAAGCUCUUUGUCGAGGUUACAGGUGUUUUCACAAGGAGUAAGUAUCCAACUGCAAAUAUAUAUUUUCCUGAGAUCUGUGACAUUCACCUAAAAUUGAAUGAAUGGUGUACAAACCCGGAUGAUUAUCUCAGUUCUCUGGCUGCAAAUAUGAGAAAAAAGUUUGAUGAGUAUUGGGAUAAAUGCUACCUGGCUUUAGCAGUUGCUGCCAUGUUGGAUCCUCGGUUCAAAAUGAAGUUGAUAGAAUAUUACUAUCCACAGUUAUUUGGUAGUAAUGCUUCAGCGUUUAUUGAGGAUGUUUCCGAGUGCAUCAAGGCUCUCUACAAUGAACAUUCGAUUGUCUCGCCAUUAGCUUCUUUGGAUCAAGGUCUGGCUUGGCAAGUGACUGGUGCUACUGGAAAAGAUGGUAGGGAUAGACUUACGGGAUUUGAUAAAUACCUGCAUGAAACUACUCAAAGUCAAGGCUCAAAGACUGAUUUGGAUAAGUACUUGGAGGAGCCUCUAUUUCCUCGAAAUGUUGAUUUCAACAUAUUAAAUUGGUGGAAAGUUCACACUCCCAGGUAUCCUAUACUAUCUAUGAUGGCAAGGAAUAUUUUGGGAAUUCCCAUGUCGAAAGUUGCUUUAGAAUCGGCAUUUACCUCUGGAGGAAGGGUUCUCAAUCAUCAUUGGAGUUCAAUGCGUCCCACUACUGUUCAGGCAUUGAUGUGUUCACAAGAUUGGAUACGGACAGAGCUAGAAAGUUGAUUCUUUCCCCUUUUUUUUGGUUCAUCCUGAAUUCCAAUUUUGCUUAUCCUGUCUAAAUUUACUUAAGAAGUUAUCUGUAUCUUCCUUGAUUCCCUGUAUCUGACAGUUUUUCUGUCUAAAAGAUUCAACAAAUCCAGCCAACCUGAUGAUGACGAUGCAGAUAAAAAGUCUUUUUGUACAGCGUAUGGUGAUUAGUUUUGCCCUAAAAGCUUUGCCAUGCUUUUGCGGUGCAGUUUAUGGUAUGGAGCUCUUUUGCAGCUUAGUUAAAUUGGGAUGAAUCAGUUCUUAUAUAUGAAAUUUCUAGUUGUUUGAUAUUUUUAGAUUACAAACUUUGUGGUAUGAUAUCAAAGACUUCGUUUAGUCAAGUCAUGAGCGUGUCAAAGCUGUGUAUAAAUUCUUAAUUAGGUCGGGAA